AUGGAGGGCGGGGCCAGGAGUGCGGCCUGCGCUGCCCGCGGUGGCGGAGGAGGCUCGCGGUCUGGCGGAGAUCAGGAACAAUCACCGACUUCAUAUUUGCGUCUGUGCUUAUUUUUGUCCGUCUGUUUACAGCAAAUUCUGGAAGAGCAUGACUUUAAAGAAGAAGACUUUGGCCUCUUUCAGCUGGCAGGCCAAAGGUGCAUUGAAGACGGGCAUAUAAACCAGCUGCUACAAGUUAUCCAGGAUGAAAGGAACAAGACCAUCAUUAAGUCUAUGGGCUGGAAUCUCGUUGGUCCUGUUGUUCGAUGCCUCCUGAGGAAUGGGGAAGAAGAUAAGAGAGACUGUUUGCUGAUGUUUGAUUUGCUGGUGAAGUUAUGUAAUCCAAAGGAAUUGUUGUUGGGUUUGCUUGAACUCAUUGAAGAGCCUUCUGGAAAACAGAUUUCCCAGAUUAUUCUUCUUUUACUUCAGCCACUGCAGACAGUCAUUCGGAAGGUUCCCAACGAGGCUUACUCACUUGGCUUGGCCCUGUCCACCCUGUGGAGUCAGCUGUCGCUGCUUCCUGUCCCACACUCAGAAGAGCAGAUACGGGCAGAUGAAUAUGGCCUGUGUCAGUGCUGCAAGGCCUUAACAGAGUUCACGAGACCUUUUGUGGAAGACAUGAUAAAUAACAAAGAAAACAAGUUAAAAGAUGAAGUACUGAAAUUCUGCUUCAAAAGCUUGAAAUGCCCGCUGCUGACAGCACAGUUCCUUGAACAGUCUGAAGAAGUUGGAAAUGACCCUUUUCGGUGUUUUGCAUCUGAAAUAGUAGGAUUUUUAUCACAAAUUGGACAUCCUGUCCCCCAAAUUAUUCUUAAUCAUGGAAGAAAAAAAAAGACUUGGGAUUACCUUGAAUUUGAGGAAGACGAUGACAAACAACUGGCAGACUCUGUGGCUUCUCUGACAUACCUAGUAUUUGUUCAGGGCAUCGGUGUUGAUCAGUUUCCAAUGGUCCUAAGCCCAUCAUAUCUUUUGCAGCUGAACAUGGAGCACAUUGAAGUGUUUCUGCAAAAAACAGAACAGUCUGUUUUCUCCAAAGGAUUGGAACUUCUGGAGACUAGCUUAUUGAGAUUAGAAGACGACAGCCUACUUUACCAGUACUUAGAAAUCAAGAGUUUUCUAGCAGUUCCUCAGGGCUUAGUCAAAGUAAUGACACUUUGCCCUAUUGAGACGUUGAGGAAGAAAGGUUUAGCCAUGCUUCAGCUGUUUAUCGACAAGUUGGACUCACAAGGCAAAUACACAUUGUUUAGGUGCUUAUUAAAUACAAGUAAUCACUCAGGUGUAGAAGCCUUUAUAAUUCAAAAUAUCAAAAAUCAAAUUGAUACCUCAUUUAAGAAAACACGUAACAAAUGGUUUGCAGGCACACAGCUGACCUCCCUGCUGCACUUGGUCCUGUCCCUCCCCGAGGGCGCUGAGACAGAUUUACUGCAGAACUCAGAUCGGAUUAUGGCUUCAUUAAAUUUAUUGAGGUAUUUGGUCAUCAAAGAUAAUGAAAAUGACAAUCAAACUGGAUUAUGGACAGAACUUGGAAAGAUUGAAAAUAAUUUUUUAAAGCCACUUCAUAUAGGACUUAAUAUGUCAAAAGCACAUUAUGAAGCAGAAAUUAAAAACAGCCAGCAAAAUAGCCAAGCCUCGAUGUGUAAAGGUGUUUGCUCAGUGACAGUAGGAGGAGAAGAGAUGCCUGCAAUGCCUCCUGAGAUGCAGCUCACGGUCUUACACUCAGCUCUUUUCACAUUUGACCUGAUUGAAAGUGUUCUGGCCCGAGUAGAAGAGCUCAUUGAAAUCAGGACCAAGUCCACCUCUGAAGAAUAUGUUGGAUAAAGUAAAAAUUCUGUUACA